UACUUUUAAUACGUUUUAUGUAUUUGUGCUGCUUGAAAAAUAAAAAUUUAUAUAACGCAAGAUUAUAUUCGAUGUCCAUAAAGUUAAGUACGCGCAGUUAAAAUUAAGCUUGCGUUAAUGAACAAGAAUUUGUGUAGUGCAUAAUCAAAAAUGUGGAUAUUGAAAUGAUGAGAUAAAAUAAUGUAAUCAAAAUUAAAAUUAUAACAACAAUGUAAUUUAUAAAAGAGAGAUUGGAAAUACUCGCGAUACAACCUGAUUACAUGAAAUCGUAGCAUUAUGUAAUAAAAUAACACUUUUUUGUUUUAGUGUUUCUUACAUAUUUUUACAUAUAUUAUUUCUCGUUGUUGUGACGUUUCUCUUGACUAAAAAUAAUCUAUGAACGUAUUAUGUCAACAUCCAUUAUGAUGUGUAAAUUACGCGCUAUGCCAGAUAAACGUGUUUUACGAUUGAGAGAUAAGCACAAAUUGGUAUACCGUGUGCUGAAGAAUGACGAACAAAUUCACGAUGUAGGAGAUUUAUUGUUUGCCGAUCACCUAUGAGGAUUUCAGGAAACCACUUCACACUUGGAUGAGAGUAAAAGGUUUAAGAGGAAAACUUCUCGACUUAUUUCAGCUGAUAUUGCAAUCAGCUGAAUAAUUUCGAUCAAAUUGCAUUCUUUUCAUUUAAAAGAAAAUAUAAAAGAGUAGAGAACGGAAUUGAUUUUUAUCUCCAUUUAAUAAUUACAGUAAUUAAACGCCGUUAUUGUUUAAAUUUUCAAUCUGCAAACAGUUUGCGCAGAAUAAAACGGGAAGUACGUUCUCAAAUUACGAAGUGAAAAGAACAAGAAAGAAAUGUUGACUUGCGUCACUACUGCGUUCCUUUUUUUUGCGGCAAUACAUUGCUUCUUCCUGAGCCUCUUUUAUUCUUAACUCAAGAGCAAAGUGAAUCACGGUAUCACAUGCCACUCGAGCACUCUGCGGUCGGUUGUCGUUCGAAAAAUGUAUGCUUAUUCGAUUUUAUUCUAUUCUUCUUUGCUAUCUAUUUUUAACUUUUUAUGGCACGUAUUGGUAAUUUCGAGGACUUGGUCGAGCUGUUUAUUCCUUGUUUUUGCGAUCGAUUUUGAUAUUAAAAUCGAUUUGAAUAAUAAAAAAAUUAUCCUGAAAUUGAAAUGUUGUCUUGCAAAUAAUAAGCACAAGGUCUAUUAUGAUGUAAGUCAUAGGCCUUCAAUAAAAUGGUUGACCUCGGAACAAUAUUGGCAGGAUAAAAUGUUUGUAUGUUUUCAGUCUUGAAUUUAUCAGUGCAAUAUACCACAUUUGACGCAAGUAUGACGUAUACAUGUUGUUUUUCUAAUAUAUAAAAUAAUUAUAGAUUUAACAUGUUUCAGCAGUUCGUUAAAUUCAAUAUCUUUCAAAAUAUUUAAAAAAUAUGUUUGCAUUUUUCACAAGCAAAUAAAAUGUCGGGUUUUAUAAUGAGUUUUAAUGUCCAAAAAGUCGUAUAUUUAUUCUACUCUGUGUAGAAUCCGCAAUAAUACAAAAUUAUAUAAUUCAUACUGUCAGCAUAUGUGAAAUAUUUUGUAUAUAAAACGUAAAAAAUAUCUAAAAUACAAAAUCAAAGUUUAAUUUAUGUUUGGGAUUCAACGUUAUUCUCAUGGGCUGUUCACCUGAAGCAAUGAUCUAACAAUAAAAUGGUCUUUCCUCUUCUUUAUCAUCAAUCAUCAUUCUCUUAACACUCGGGAAAACCAGGAAAUUCCACUGAUUGUUUGAAUAUGACGUGCGCGGUAUUCUCGCGGUACCGCUGAUUUGUGGAAAACCGUGGGAAAUAUGGUAAAAAUAGAAAUAGGUACGAAAUGACCUAACAAGGGUGUCAUUAUUGCGUACGAUAUAGUUUAUAUCUAUCUUUUGUCGUAAUUAGUAUUUAUUGCUAUUGCAAUAAAAUCAUUUUAUGAUGACAAAGAAUUUACAUGAUUAAAUACUUGUUUUAUUCUUUUUAUAUUAUAUUUUGCACAAUUUAUUUUAAAUUUAAUAUAGAAUCUACAGCCGAGAAAAUUUGCAAUGAGAUAUACGAGCUCCUAAGUGGUGUAAGUCCAAUUUUUAAAUUGUUGGGAAAUCAGUGUUUUGCGUUUGAGCUGCCUAUCUGUUAUCGUUCACUUCUCCAACUUUGUACUGCUCUCAGCCGCUUACUUAUGAAGUUAGACUUACACAACUUGUUUACUACAUGCAGACAAUCCUUCAGAACAUAUUUCUCGUAGCGUAACGUACAUUUAAAAGGAUCUAUAUAAAUGCAGACUAGUUAUCUGCAAACACAGCUUAAACAUGCGUUGCAAAUUGAUUGUAUUGUUUCUAUUUUUUGAAUGUAUGGUAUUUUAUGCGGCGACAAAGCGUAUGUAUCAUCAUGAAAUCACAGUGUCCCAAAGAAAUACAUCAGACGUUACAGAUUUUGUCCUCGUAAAUCCAACACAAAUUCAGCACGCUGAGACAGUGAUAAAACAUUUCUUGACAAGAUUAACUGGACCGAUAACACAGCCGAUAAUAUUGAAAUCGUUAUUUCUUAAUGAAGGCAAUUCGCAAGAGACAAUUAGUAAGAUAUGUAAGAUUAUACGAGAGAAAAUUAUAGAGUUUGCGCAAGCCAGUGGACUGACCAUAUCGGUUCAUCAGGAUGAGCAAACACCAUGGAAUUUUACAAGCUCUAAGGAUUGGUUUACCGAAAGUAUAGUCCAGGGAUCGCUUCUAUUACGCGAUCUCGUUAAAGUGGGAGAAGAGAUUCGAUUUAAAAUCGAUCAUUAUUUCAAAAUGUAUAAUAUAACUUUAUUCAAGGAUGAGAAAUUGUCACCACGCAAGGCAACGAAGAGCUUUAAAUUUCUAAACACUAUAAAUAAAGCUGCCAGAUUUAAUGAAGAAUUGUUCAACUGCUUACUGUCAGUAGAAAAUAGAAAAAGUUUACAAUCUUUUGAUUUUAUUCGGAUCUUUGCGAAUUUAACAAAAGAUUCACCGAAUAAAACCGUAAAGUCAUUCAAAUCCGGCUUAAAUCGAGCUUUCUCCUAUUCUAUACCAGAUAACGGUACAAACGAUGAACAAUUGUAUGCGCUGUUUUGUCAUUCACUUGUCGAAAGAGCCAGUCACUACGGCGAUUGUAUCAAAGAGUUGCAACGUCUCGCGGUUUGCAUAUCAUUAUCGACGCGAGACUCGCACGUAGGAAUCAUUCAUUAUACGUUUCCUCCGUGGUUGAGCAAUAUUGGAGAUUUAAGCGACUGCAAGGUUGAUGUCUCAAACAACACUGUAAACAUUAAUUGCAAUUGGAAAUUCCCAAGGACUACAGUGCAGCAAAUGAAGUACAUUUAUGAGAAAAUUUUAAACCGCCGAAUAUUUAAACGGUCAUCUCUUCAUCGUGUCGCAAACGACCUCGGAAAUGUUCUCUCGAAAAGCACAUGGGGAAGGCAAUUGACGUACGAUGUGUGUCAGUGCUUCGCGAUUUAUGAAGAAGGCCGCAGAAGAUUAAAUGCACUUUCGAAAAAUGCUGCGAAAAACAAGAAAACGGCUAUGAGGUGCAAAAAGUUAUCAGCGUCAUUAAAUGAAUAUAAAAACGGAAUAUUAAAAGAAAUGAUGCUGACUAUUAAUAAUUUUCAUCGUUCUGCAUCAGUGAUGCAAAAGUUCCUAACUCACGUAAUGAAGUUUUCUUUCAAGGAAUCAUGGCAGAAUCGUAUUAGAAUUCUUGACUAUUUGUCUGAAUGGAUGACAAAACUUUUAGAAUUAUUUGGAUAUUCAAAUUUGAAUGAUAGAGAUGUACAAAUGCCAUCUAGUACUACUAUCUUACCAACUACAUAUGUGACAUAUUUAACCACAGUGACACCAUACAACAAUAUCUAUGUUAAAAAUAAUCAACAUCUUGUGGUACACCGUACAAAAAAUCAGAUGAAAAAGGAGACUGAUGCAGCCUUCGAAAGAUUGAUACUUACAAUGAGUGAUGUAAAGAAGAUACAAAGUAGAAACAAUAACAGCACUCUAGCAUAUCUAGCAAAUAAUAUGUUAUUGAUCGUCAUAUUCAUGGAGACUCUUAGUUUUGUUUCUACAUUAUUCUCUUUUGGAAAGUAUAAAGAUGAUAAAGUCAAUUCCGAGGCAGAAACAUCGACAGAAGAAUGGGAGUCAUCUGAACGUAAACGUAGAUCAUUGUUUUCAACAGAUUUCGCAGCAGUUGAUACAAUUAAAAAUGAUUCUUUGGGAAUACUUAAAACUUCUAAGAAAAUCAUCAACAUUUAUAAUAAGGAAAAUAUAAAUUUUACCAGAAAUAUACCUGUAGAUAUAACGAAUAAUUUUUACAGUUCAAUAAAAGGUUAUUCCAACAAAUAUAAAAAAUAAGAGGAAAAGCGGAAUUAA